CAGAGUCACCACCCUUCACCCCCUCCCCCCACCCGCGUCUCGUCGCUUCUCGGGAACCCGCGAUGUCGGACGGGGACGCUCCGGAGUGCGAGGGCAGCUUCCGAAAGGGAUGUGAUCCCUUUGCUCAGACGCAGCGCAGCAAGUUGCAAACUCGGCGAGCCAAGCUCAACCAGCAGAUCAACAAGGAGAUGAGGCUCCGAGCUGGCGCCGAGAACCUCUUACGAGCGACCAACAACAACAAAGUCAAGGAAACGGUUGCGAUCGAGCUCAGCUUCGUCAACUCCAAACUCCAGCUGCUCAAGGAGGAGCUGGCCGAGCUCAACAGCUCCAUGGAGAUCUACCAGAACGACAGUGAAGGCAUCAGCGUCCCAUUGAUCCCGCUCGGCCUAAAGGAAACUAAAGAAGUUGACUUCUUAACACCUUUCAAGGCAUUUAUUGAAGAGCAUUAUGGUGAAUGUGGAGAAAAAUAUGAAGAGGAAAUUAAAGAUCUUCUGGAGCUCCGACAGGCGAUGAGGACUCCACGAAGGAAUGAGGUUGGCGUGGAGCUGCUGAUGGAGUAUUACAACCAGUUGUACUUUGUGGAGAACAGGUUCUGCCCACCGCACAGGCACAGCGGAGUCUUCUUCACGUGGUAUGACUCGCUGACCGGGAUGCCAGCGUGCCAGCGAACGCUCGCGUUUGAGCGAGGCAGCGUGCUCUUCAACGUCGGUGCCCUCUACACGCAGAUCGGGGCGCGGCAGGACCGCACCGCGCACGAUGGCCUCCACAGUGCCAUCGACGCCUUCCAAAAAGCGGCCGGUGCAUUCAACUACCUAAAGGAAAACUUCACGCAUGCACCCACCCUGGACAUGAGCCCGGCCUCGCUCACGAUGCUCGUGCGCCUCAUGGCUGCACAGGUGCAGGAGUGCGUCUUCGAGCGUUUCCUGCUGCAGGGGUUGCAUAACGACGUCCCUGCAUUGAUCAACAUCGCACAGGAGGCCACCAGGGUGUCGGACGUCUACAAUGUGACUCACCAGACCAUGGACCAGACGGCGAUCACGGACUACGUACCCGUGUCAUGGCGCACUAUGGUGCGGGUGAAGAGCUUGCACUUCCUCGCUCUGUCCCACCACUACGUGGCACUGGCGCUGCUGGAGCACUCGCUGGGACCCACAGAUGAUGCUGACCUGCAGGAAAAGCUGCUCUCCCAGCUGCACGUGGAACAGCCGGAGUGGAGUUCUCCACUCAUGCUACUCAGGGACAAUGAGGAGCGCAGGAAACUUGGCAAAGCUCACCUGCGCAAGGCGAUAAUGCAGCACGAGGAGGCGCUGCGUGUUCACAACUUCUGCAAGCCACUCCGCCGGCUGGACAUCCUGCAGGAGGUGCUCGCCUUCGACCACGAGCGCUCUCUCAGCAAAUAUUCUCUCGUCGACGAGGAAGACGACUUCUUUGUGCUCAUUGACGUGCCCGACAUCACCCCCAAGUCUCUGUAUAAGGCGGAAAUGAAGCCUCCAGAUUUUUCCAAGAUCAAAGUGAUGGAUUUUUUCCACGAGCUGGGCCCUCUGUCUGUGUUUUCGGCCAAGCACAGCUGGACGUCGCCCCGCAGCGUUAAGCUGGUGCCCUGCGCCGACGGCUAUGGACUGGUGCUGCGAGGAGACUCGCCCGUCAGGGUGGCCACCGUGGAGACCGGCAGUGUCGCCGAGCUGGCAGGAGUGAAGAAUGGAGACUGCAUCGUGGCUCUGGGUGGUGAGGACUGCAAGUGGGCCAAGCACGUCGACGUAGUGGAGGCCAUGCGCAGCGCGGACGCGGCCGGAGUGACGCUGCUCAUCGUCUCCCCACUGCCCUCCGAGUCCACCAGCACGCUGGAAAGAAGGACGAACGCAACGUUCCCCCUCUCCUCCUCGUCUCCGUCCCACGCGGCGAGUGGCAUGAGUAAGACGAGCGGGCGAGCGGAGCAGGUGGGGCGAGCGCGGAGCCUGCUCCCUCUGGGCUGGCUCGGUGGGGUGAAGAAGAGCCGAGGACACAACACCCUUCCUGGAGUCUGCUUCAGUAUAACCUCUUUGGGAAAUGGCAAUUAGCCUGCCUCCGCAACGCGUCGUGACGGUACCGUUUAUAGAGCACCCAGUUAAGAAAUUGGGUCGGCACAUUUUCUGUCCGUGUGUGGUAGCAUACAAUGACAGCAUUGUCUGUGGCUAAUGACAUAGAUAUCACAUUUAAAUAAAUCGUGAAGGCCAUAGCUUAUGUGCAAGGAAUUUGUAGAUUAUUUUCACGAGUUAAUGUGGUGGUUGGUGAUUAUUUGAAAGUGUGAAUCGGAGGUUGUUGCUUUGCCCUGUCCUGUUUGUGUGCAUCACUGUGUAGAUGUUCCCACCAUUUUGUGAUAAUGCUACAACUCCAUUUAUAAACGUAAAAAACUAUUUCAAAUCAGAGGUACAAAUGCCUAUAAGCUGAUUUUAUUUUUUAGCAAUACUGGAUAAAAUGUCAACACUUAUUUUGAAUUGUUGUCAUAUGGACAUGGUUGUGCCCACACCAACUGGGAAAUGUGUUUUUUAUAUUCAAAUCAGGACCAAAUUGUGAUGUAAAUUCCCACUCUACAAAUUUGCACAAUCAAGUGCUUUUAGAAUUGAAUUUUAGAAUUGCAUUAAUGAAGCAUGCAUUAUUUGUAUUUGGCACAUGCUAUGUUUUUUUGUAUGAAGGAAGUAUAUCAAGUGCUUGGGUGAGACUUAAGGUGUGCGAGUGUGCACAUUGUGUGCAUGAUGAAUCUAAAUGUCACUCCCACUACUAGGCUACAGCACAACAUAGAGUGCCUUUGGAGGGCUGGAGAGCUUGCUGGUCAUUGUGUGGAUAUGUUUGCAUGGAAUUGUCAGUUUGGAUCUCCCUGGCACCUAACAAUUUCUCUGAGAUGUACUCAAAUUUGUUAAAGACCAUGUGAUGUAAUUCCCUAAAGUAGGCCCCUUGUAUAUUAUUAUCGAAUAUAAUGUAUAUAAAAUGCACCCUACUUGACUAGAUCCCCAGGUCUCCCAUGUGACACAAACCACUUCGUGGGCUUCUGUCCAAUUGAAGGACAUGGAGUUACUGUACUUGAAUAUCAAGUACAAAGCAGCUUCUCCAAAACCUGUCAGGCCAACAAUUUUGCUCAACAAUUUGAUAUGACCAUUAUCAUCCAUGAACAGUCUACAGCUUGAUGAAGGCUAUCCCAAGUCGACAUGUUUUAAAUUUAAAAACAUCCUAAAAUACUGUACUAUAAACAUGUUGGAGUUAAGCCUUCAUAAAUACUUUUUUUAUGGAGGCCUUGGCAGCACACACAACAUUAAUAACUCUAGUGUAUCUCCAAAUUGAAACUCAUUGAAGAGAUAUUUAUCUAUGACCGGAAUGAAGCACACUACCGGGUCUUCGAGGUUGUGUGUGCACCAACCAUAAAAUGCUGAAACCCCUCGGUAUAAUGGCCUACUGAAUUGGAGCAACAACUCUUGCACCGCAGUAGAUGGCCCGUGUCUCCUGAAUCCUACCCUCCGUCACUGGCAGUCAGAGAAAAAUAGUUGAUUCCUGAAGCGAUUUCCCCAUACUGUGACAGAUUUCUCCACUUGGGGAACUUGAUAGGGGGGGGGGGGGACCCAGUCUGAGUGCCUGCAGGUCGGAGAAUCACGACGCACCUGUCCCAUUUGGGGGUGACUAGCACCGGGGAGGCGCGGCCCUCCUGACCUUGGCCAAAACCCUUGGAAUUAACGGCAGCAGAGCAAAAGCAAAUGGCAAGCCCCUUGCUCCAGGAGAUACUGACCGCAUCUGCCACCAAGGGCUUGCACGUCUCAGAAAUGGGUGCAGUGGGAUGGAUGGGAGGAGAUUGUUCUCUGCCGAGGCAGACGAGUCUGCUGGUGGUGUGCACCAGUGGGCACACACCAGUCUGAAUGCCUCAGGAUGCAGACUCCACUCGCCCAUAUCCAACUAGCCUUUGCUGAGUCGGUCCUUCACACGGUUCAGGACACCGCAGAGGUGUACAAUGGACAGGGUUAUGCGGUGCUGCUGGUACCAGGGACCAGAAGAAUAUCUCCUAGUGACCUGUAUCAACCUGCUGAAGUGAACAGAGGCCUAUGGUUGGUUCCGAAUGACUACCGACAUUACAUUGUUCAAACGGACCAGCACCUUCUUCCUUCUGACUACAUAGCUAAAUGCUCUCAGGGAAUUCUGGACUGCUCUUAGCUCCAGUAUGUUUAAACUGUUAAGUAUAUAUCCAUCGCUGCUGGGGCUGGCAAACCUUCCAGGUGUGCUCUCCAACCCCUGCAACUAACAUUAGUCUCCAAGGCCAGUUCUGGAUACAGAUCGUCCAAAGUCGUCUCACCACCAUAGAAAGUCGUCUGUCCCUUUACAAACUCUGACUGCCGGUUCGGUUGUGAGUGGCAAGAGAUGUCGAGUCACCAUCGUGCUAACAGGUACCACUGCAGGGGCGGCAUUUCUAAGGUUAUGGUGGUGAGAUGUUAACUACCUCGCUUGGUAUGCAGGAGAUCGUGUGUUUGAUCCCGACCCUGACGCCUGUAUAUUUGGAGUUUGGAUGUUCUCCCCAUGGUCAUAUGGAUUUUUCUCCGGAUCCUCCGCUUUUCCCUCCAUUUAGAAACAUUCCCUUAAGAGUAUUGGGCUGCUAUAAAUUUCCACAUAAGCCACUUCGUUGAGCUAUAAUUUGUGCUAGCCAGGUCGCUUCUGAAAAAGAGCUAAUAUAAAAGAGCUAUAUUGCUUAAUGGGCUAUAGUUUGUAGGCGAGGCAAACCCAACAACCUCAACUGCCGAGCCUGGAGUUGGAUGGUGCCGGGUUUCGCGAUGCACAGAAAGAUCCUGCUCUGCGAGGUGGCAAAGAGCAUGAUGUAAAGAUGCUCGAGGUCCUCCCAAGACAGUCGAUCAGUACGAUCCUGGACAGAACUUGGCCGCAUCAGAGAGUGAAAUUAUAUAUUAAAAAAAAAUUAUGCAGAGUAUCCCACGCCUGCUGCAAAUGCUGAUGGAGGGCAGGGACAAAAGGGGAAAGCCCUGAAACUAUUAGGCGCUCACUCUUGAGAACAUCACCAGGUUAGGUGCCUCUAGCUUAGGAAGUAUGAGAUCCUUUCCCACGUGACAGAGCCAAUCAAAUAAAGUUGUCACGUGGGCAAAUAUUGCCAAUUGAUUUGUUUUUUUCAGCAAACCGGAAUGUUGAAAAGCAAUCAAAAUGUUGACAACUGUGUGUGUUUUUGCGGGAGAUUACAUCCAACAUCAUCAGCUUUUAACAGCUCAGCUCUGGAAAAUUGACAUUAUACCUACACAAUCUAACCCAAAUAAUUAAUAAUAAUUAUGGAUGGGAGUGCAGGAAAAAGUACAGAAGGUCAAACCCCACCUUCUUUUAUAAGUACACCUGGGGGUUGGGUUGGCCUUCCAGAGAACCAGUUCUCUGGACGCCAAACCCGUUUGGAGAGCUCUACCGUAGUUAUUAAUGCAGUGAGUGCUGCCAGGCAUUCAAAAACAAUAUGUACAUUUUAAACAUGUCCUACCAUUUUCUGAAUGGUUUGUUUGGGUCCAGUCAAAGAAGUUUAAUGAAUUUAUUGUGAGGUAAAAUAGAAAAUCUUGUGAUUGGGAAAUAUUUUGAGAAUGAAAAUGUCCAGGAUACUCAAUCUUUGCCAAUUCUGAGGUCGUGUAUCCAGAAAUUGAACGGCUGGCAUAUAGGUAACUUAUGUUAUAUAGUUUAUAUUUCUGCUAUAAGUAAAUGUAUUUUGCUGCUACACAAACACACCCUCUUUGAUUAUAUAUAUUUUUAGGCAUCAUCAAAGCCAGAGUGAAUGGCUUUCCCUUGCCUGUGUAUUUAUGUAACUAUUAAUAUUCACAGUGACACUUGUGGAGUAUGGUUUGUUCGAAUGUAAAAUGUAUUGUUAAUAUUUAUAAACCCUGGCAUUUCUGGUAUUAAUACUACUGCUAACAUAAUUUGUCUCCGUACUGUACCAUAACCAGCCAAUUAGCCAUAGCAUCGCAUGUCAUUAACUCCACUGCCAUUAACUGUAGUUUGACUUGUUUAUGUUGUCUUUUGAUACUUCGUAAGUUCAAUAAUACGUUGCAUGUAAGCAAAUCUCAAGACCAAUAUAAUUAAGUGUAUGAAUCUAGCAUUUUUAAAUCACGCCACUUGCCCAUUUACUUUGGGAGAGAAAAUAUUGACUCCUAUGUCCAGAAAUGCCAAGAUAGUUGUCGCCUCUUUCAAUGUUGCAGUUGAAAACAACUCAUUUUAGUCCUGCACACCCUGUCAGCCACAAUACAUCUUAUUGAAAUCCCACGCCAGAACUCUUUUUCUUUACAUCCAAAACAACUGCACAAUAAACUUACGGCAAGUCCACACUCAAUCUUUUUGGUGUGUUUUGUGCAUAAAAAUGCCCAUUGCCUGUAGCAGGAGCUGGGAUAUGUGUGCCAGGAGUUUAUUUCACCACAAUACUGACCUCGAGUAACUACUAGUUACAGUGCUUCAUAAUUGUUGCGGUUAGGCCACAAGGAUCUGGUAAAAUUUCAGCAGUAAGACCCGCCACCACCUUACGGGAAAACAAAUUAAAUUAUGGCAUGCAUGAGAGAUUAACACGCCCAUUAUUAUAAUAGGGGUUUUCCCCUUUUUUCUGGCAACAAAACUGAAACCUUUUUGCUAGGAUUCAUGUCUGCAUUAACCACGAUACUUGCAGUCAAAAUGCAAAAAAAACACUGAUAAUAUAUGCAUUGUCCUUGAAACUGAUUGGUUCACACCAAGGGACGGCUUUCUUUUCAGCCUCGACCCAAAUUGGUGCUCGACCAGAGGACGCCAAAAGGCGUACAGCUCAAAGACAAUGCACUAUUAAAGUAACGAGGGCUCGGGGUGAGCAUCUACAUCAGGGGUCUCAAACUCGCGGCCCGCGGGCCAAUUGCGGCCCUCGGGACGAUAUUUUGUGGCCCCCACCUUAAUAUGAAAGUUUAAUGUUAGUGCGGCCCGCGAGUUUUAUAUUGUAGCAACCCCGCUGUUAGCUGCUGUGUGGGACAAUGUUAUGAUGCUCUGGUUUCCUACUGUGUGCCUGUCCAGUGAAUGCAGCAUGCAUGUGAGUGACAUGGGGGGCGGGGUCGUGUGUGUGUGUGUGUACGUGUGAGAGUGAGUGAGAGAGAGAGCCGGGAGGGAAAAAAGUGGCUUUGGAUGUGCGGAGACCAGGAGGGUAAAAUUCAUAGUUUUCCGCCCUCUUUCGCGCAGGUCAUGAUGUAUCCAGUGCUUCAUUUGCAAAUCACAA